AUGCCGACCGGGAAAAAAGGGCAGCCGCCUGCCCAGCCGCGCAGGGAUGUGCUGGCAUCGCUGAAAAUGGCUUCGCUCGAGCAAGUCGUUGCUCGAGCCGCCUUGCCUGCUGAGAUUAUGUCCGCGAUCCUCGACUACCUUGAUCCUGUCGACUUGAUUCGUGCAGCACGCUCAUGUAGGCUCUUGCAUGAGAUGGCAUAUGACGACACUCGCUGGGUGCAACGGCUCAAACGAAUUGGUUGCUGGGAUGAGACCGAUGCUCGGAAACAUGCAGAAAAGAAGUUCGGCACCGUCGCUAAUAUGGAUAUCGUGGAGGCGCAAGAGGGGGUGGAGAGCCUAACUGGCCCAACUCCUGCAAUUGAGGUUAACAAAGCAGCGAUUUCGGACAUGAAGGGUGUCUCUGAUGGGUUUGACAAGAUAGACUUGGCGAGCACAGUCCCCCCACCGGACGUCGUGGAAAGCGACCUUGAAGACCCAGACCUGGUAGUUCUGAAGCAAGCCAGGUCUAUCAGAGGGGAAGCCAGACAGGAAUACGGGAAGAUUCACGGCGCAUUAGCUCCUUUCUACUAUGAUAUCACCCAGCGAGGGGCCUCUGGUGACAGCUUGGUCUUCUCGAAGUAUCAAGAUCCGCAGUCGCAAGCUCAGAUGUUAUCGCAGCUUGUUUCUUUCUCCAAGAGCGAUGUUUCCCAGGGAUGGAGCGAUCGUGUCAACCGCCUUGAGGAAGCCUUGUCCACGUUCGAAAGAGCCGCUCUGAACGAGUUCCGCAAAGGAUACGAGUCAGAUGACAUUGAUAGCACCAUGAAAAAGUACGCUCAUGUUCUGUUUACUCUCAAUGGUGGCUAUUCGGCGGUUGAUUUAUUUAUCCAUCACAAUCAUCUGGUAACCCGCAAAACCGAACUAGGCACGGUGGGUGACUGCCUCGAUGGGUUGACUGGUCAAAUAAAGAUCAAAAACACACAGGCAUUCUUGACUCGCUUCAGUGUGGCCUAUAACGAAGAAGUGGCUAUCAUGAAUCGUGUGUUUCCUGCCUCACUGGACAUGGCCUCUGCCUUCAUGGAAAAGGUUGGGCAAGACGUGCUGUGUCCAUUCUUCGCGGCUAUCUUUGACGAACUUCAUCGCACCAAUAUGGAAUCAUACCUCACUGCAAUCUCUAUGACUUUCGUCCAAUGCAUGAACUUGUCAGAAGCCUUGCUUCCGAUCCGGAAUGCCGGGGAUCACUUUGAUCGGUACUUGGACUCUAUAGUGAUCAAGAUAUACGAACCGCAUAUUGAUACUUAUCUCGCUGAAGAGUUUGCCCAUUUCAAGCAAAACGCAGAGGGUAUCGUACGGGACUGGGACCGCCAGCUUUCGGAGCAAGCCGCCUCGACCGAAUCGUACUUGAUGUCCAAUGUCAACCGUCAAGCCGACAAACGCGAUUUUCUCACCUCCUUCAAAAAAGUCAUCAUGAUGCCUGUCAGCAUUCUGCCAAGCUUCUCAGCAGCCAAGCCCAGCGAUGAAAUCAAGUCAGAUACUGAAUCUACCCCCCUUCCAGCUGGGACAAGGAGUCCGUAUCGCUUCUCGACCAUCUCAUCACCAGCUCCUGCUCUUGAAAUAGCUCCUACCUCUGAACUGGCUGCGAAAGCAGCCAUCAUGAAAUCCAAAAUGGAGGGCAUUCGGUCGCUCUUCAGCAUUGAAAUCGCCUUGAACUUGGUUCACUCUGCUAAAUCAAGCAUUGAAAGAGCCGCACAGUUUGUGCGGCUGGGCGACCAUUUCGGAAAAGCAGCGAAGCACCAGUGUGCGGCGAUAUUUGUCUCGCUGCUACGGAUUUUAGGGCACGAUCAUGUCAUCGCCGGGUUUGACCGCGCUGUAGAUCAUCUAUCGAGCUAUCGGCCGCGGGAGCAAGGCGAGCGGGAUGACUCUGGAGUCGAGCCUCUGGUGACUUUUCUUGAGUUGGUCAACGUCGGUGACCUCAUCUUGCAGAUGGUGGAUGUCUUCUAUGAGCAAGAGUUGGUUGGGACGCGUCUCACUGACCGCGGUGAUUUUGUUGAUCCGGCUGUGAUGGCAAAGAAGAAGUUUGAACAAAUCCUUGACGAGCGAGUGGCGGCGGGGCUGAACAAGGGUAUUGAUGUUCUCAUGGAAGAAGUGGACUACAUUCUUGCAACUCGGCAAUUGGCUACAGACUUCAACCCCGGCGUCUCCUCAGAUCCUCAUCGACAAACGAUGGACGUCGGGAUCAGUGACGCUGCAGCUGCAGUGGUCGAUGUCGUUUCGUCUCACACGAGGAUGUUGGUGGGAAGCACGGAUAAAAGUACACUGGACGUUUUCAACCAGGAGGUCGGCCUGCGGCUCCACACUGCACUGUGCAAGCAUAUCAAAAGACAGCGAAUCAGCGUUGAAGGAUCCCUGAAAUUGAUCAGUGAUAUGAACCAUUAUUUCAAAUUCGUGCAAUCACUACGGAACACUGAGCUCCUAGUCUACUUCAAGGCGUUCCGCGAGCUUGCACAGAUCUAUCUCAUUGAUCCCUCGGAUGCGAAAGAAUUAGCGACGAUUAUUGCUGAUGCUGAUCGCUUCGACGGGAUUUGGCGCGCUGAAGAGGUUUAUGAGUUUGCAGAACGGCGAGCCGACUGGUUCCAGGUGAAGCGCGAUGUAGAACGCGCGAUGUACGGCAUUGGGUGUAGUUUGAUGUAG